AUGCUCUCCAUAGGUCUCCCGGGUCCUGGCCGGGGCGUCUUCAUGCUCUACAUUGCCCUUAUCGCCUCGCUCUUCUCGCAGGCACAUGGCUUAUCCAUCACUUAUUGCUCACCAGACAACAACGCGGGCUCAUACCCUCGAUAUUACAGCCAGUACAUGUCAAAUGGCUUGUGCCAUGACCACUGCCAGGGAUCAUACGCCUUUGCCAUCCUCCAGGGUUCUUACUGCUGGUGUUCAAACUACGUACCUACUGACCAGCAAAGCACGUACGAUUGCAACGAACAAUGUCCUGGUUAUCCCUCGGAUUGGUGUGGUUCCACCGAGGCUGGCCUUUACGGAUACUACGAAUUAAGUCCUGGAGCUCCUCUCGGCACUUCUGGAGGCUCUGCAAGCAACACAGCACCCCAAACCUCUUCGUCGGUUAGUACUUCUCCAGUUGAGUCCGGAUCACCCUCUACUUCCACCUCUAAUGCUCGGGCAACUUUUUCCUCUUCUGCCUCUUCCUCCUCAUCAGUGGUAACCGUUGGAUCCUCUCAGAGCUCUGACGAGGCUACUUCCGUAACAUAUGACACGUCAAGUACUCCCUUGACAAGCUCAUCAAGUUCCAUUCCAUCUUCUCCGUCGACCUCGCCCUCUUCCUCUGAUGCCACCACCGCAGACCCAGCUACGGAAAGCACUACUUCUGCCCCCACCGAAGUCUACACCAGCGUCACUACUGUCACUGGCAAAAUCACCACGAUACUGGUAACCCCAACUCCCGCGGUCUCUUCUGAUGCGACGUUGGGCCAAUCUGCUACUGGCGGUGGCGGAGGGGGCAUCAGUUCUGGGAAGGUCGCUGGCAUUGUUGUUGGCGCCGCGCUCGGUGUAGGUGCUCUCAUCGGUGCUGGCAUGUACAUUUGGUAUCGACGCCGGCAGGCGAGGAACAGCAACAAUAGCCAGCCUGAAUCAUCGUUUAUUGCUCGAAGUGGCGACCAGUCCCCGUCAAACAACGUACCUUCGAGACAAGUUAGUCAGUUGUCAUCCUCAGGAUUGCUUGGGACUAAGACUCCCCGCAUCAACACUUCCGGGAUACCCAACGGCAACGGUCCAAGAAGCGCGGGCACCGGUUCUUCAGGAAUUGAUCGACGAAGUCUGGCUACUGACCAGAGGUUGAACCCUUAUGCCCUGUAUUUCCAUGACGAAGGUCACGUGAGCAAUGUGUCUCUUCAGGACAACCAGGACUACUCAAGGCAGCUACGGGUGGCGAAUCCAGAUCCUUGA